UGUUUUGUAGUGAAGAAUUUAAUUAAAGCUGAGCAAACUUGAAAUCAACAUGUUUUCUCACACACACUCAAUCACUUUCUCACACACUCACAGACUUUCUAGAAUGUGUCCAGGCAAGAGCUGUUUCCACCUCUUGAUGUUAGAACUCUCUGUUUCUGUGAACAGGCGGCACAGAAUCAUUCAUCCAUGCUUUGGGACCAUGGAGGAAUGGUAUGAGUGGGCCCUGAUUCAGAAUGGUCCAGCAUAAUGACACUGACCAUACAGUUGCGCGACAGAGCCCAUCCAAGACGGCCGAGUGCCCCAAACCCUCUUCUGUCCCAUCAACACACUUUCACCCCUUCCGGGACCAGAAGGAAUGUGAACUCAUCACCCAGGCUGUGGAUUACCUGAACCACAGUGGAUUUUACUGGGGUCCCUUGGAAGUAGAUGAAGCACAUGCACGACUGGCCAGACUUCCUCUUGGGACAUUCCUGAUCCGGGACAGCAUGCAGGCGAAUGUUUUCUUCACUCUCAGCUAUCGGGCUCCUGAGGGCCCGACCAGUGUGCGAGUGCUCAUAAAGGAUGGAGGUUUCAGUUUAGCGGGCAGUAAACAUACUUUCUCUUGCCUUUUUGGCCUGCUAGGAUACUAUAUUGCAUCCCCUAAAAAGAGUCUGAGUAUGCCGUAUCGUGGAGAUGUGCCGCAGAGCCUACAGGAACUGGCGAGAAGAGCGGUGGUGCAGAGUUUUGGGAAAGAUAGUAUUCAACAACUGCCUGUGAGCAAGAAACUUAAAGAAUUUCUGUGGUUGUACCCUUUUAGUAUAUGAAUGUGUGUAGUCUAUAUGAAGAUGUUACAGAUGUUGCAGCUCUUUAACACAGUACAAUUUAUUGGGACCCUUAUCUCAAAGUACAUUUCAUAAGGCAUUGUCACAUUAGUGAAAAUUCCGUGAUUUUGCGAUUCAGCGAUGUCCUUUGUUCAUUGUCAAUGGUGUAGCGACGCAUGAAGUUACUUUAAAACCAAGUAAUUUUCUUUCGGUCACGUGGCAACUUUGUGCAACCAACUUCAAGUUGGUGGUGCAACAAGCUCCCAUCACCAUGAUUUCUAUUGAAAUGACUGGAUAAUGCUCACUAAAUUCCACCUAUAGGAUUUUGUGCUCUUCAUUGACCCAACUAGUACAUGUAUUUAUGUGUGUAGUGAUUGUUUGGACUCAGAUAUUAAAACAUGCACUACAAAAGUUUAAUUUUUUACAUAUGCAGCAAGAUCACCACCACAAACACCACCACAACACCACCACUGGCCUUCGAUUGCUUUAAAGCAAUCUAGCUGGUACUGGGCCAGUGUUAGAGUUUGUAUUUGUGUAAAAUGAGUGAUUUGA